UCUCUCGCUUGCUCCUCCUCUCGGUUGGGCGCCCACCCCUGGAGUAGCAUAAGCAACCUCGGAUCCGCACCGUUUCCCACCUAAUCCUAUCGUAAUCGCCUCCUACAGUCCCACCCCACCCUGCCCCGUAGUACCCAACAGCCUGCACCCACAGGCACAGCCGCACCCGCCCGGCCGAGAGGCAAAACUAAGGGAAAGGAGAACAGGAGAGGAGAAGGUGAACAGAAAAGGCAUGGCUGCCGCGGCCGCCGCCACGGUGACGGCGCCGGUGUCGAGCUGCAGCAAGCGCGAGAACGACAAUGUGGGCGCCGGCAUGCCGAGGAAGGCGAAGAAGGGGAGGUCGCCGCCGGAGGAGGAGGUGGAGGCGUUCCUCGCCGCCGCGGAGAGCGGCGUGGCGCGGCGCUUCGCGGCCAAGUACAACUAUGACGUCGUCAAGGACGCUCCCAUGGACGGCCGAUACGAGUGGAUCCGGGUAUGCCCAUGAAGAUGCCUCAACGGCCAGUCAACUGUCAGAUCGAACAGACCACUUGUGUGAUAGUGUCCUCCUCGAUGUUUCAUUCGUACUGUAGCUGCCGUGUAAUGCUGCUUUAGCAGUAAUUAUGCUCACGAGAUGGCUGAUAAUGUCAAACCUCACCCUUGUACGUUAGACGAUGCUUCACCCAAUCACCCUGUAACCUCCAUGCUCACGAGUCACUAGAUGGCUAAUCAUGUGAAAAGCUCACACCUUGUUUCACUUGUAACUUUCGUGCUUAACUUGUUAUGUGUUGGUCCAGAUAAAAAGUAACUUGUCGUCGUGUGUUCGGUUUGCUUUGUACCCCGAUUCAUCUCAACCCAUCAGAGCAUCAGAUCUGCAAAAACUUUUCGCCUACUGAAUUGUACAAAAUACAAAAGAACAUUCUCUGAUAUCAGAAAAGAGUAAGAUGGGUUCUUCUAUCCUCUGUAAGUAUAGCAAGAACACACGAGUCAGAAGAUAUUCUGAACUUUUACACGAGU